AUGCUCCAGUUUGAUUCCCCUGGUGCCCCCCACGAUGAGACUGAAACUCAGCUUAAAACUGAGCAGAGCUCGUCUUGUGAACCAGCAAAGAACCAGGAACCAUCUCCUCAGAGCUGCUUGAACCAGGAACCAGCUCCUCAGAACUGCUUGAACCAGGAACCAGCUCCUCAGAACUGCUUGAACCAGGAACCAGCUCCUCAGAACUGCUUGAACCAGGAACCUGGCCCUAAGACGCGAAGGAAGCAGAAACCAGCCAAGGAUCUGCAGGGUGGGCUUGAAGAGCCAAAGACCCCGAUCGAAAGCUUUUCCACAAGCGAACGAGGAAACUCUCCCCCGAUAGCGCCUGCACAGACGAGUUUAUCCAACACCGAGACUCAGCAGGUGGAAUCCAUCAGAAACAACUUACCCUCUGAUGAACGAGAGAAGCCUCCUCCCAUAAAAAUCAGAUACAGCUUACCUUCUGAUGAACGAGAAGGGUCUCCUCCCAUAAAAAUCAGAUACAGCUUACCUUCUGAUGAACGAGAAAGGUCUCCUCCCAUAAAAAUCAGAUACAGCUUACCUUCUGAUGAACGAGAAAGGUCUCCUCCCAUAAAAAUCAGAUACAGCUUACCUUCUGAUGAACGAGAAAGGUCUCCUCCCAUAGCCGUCAGAUACAGCUUACCUUCUGAUGCCCCCUUCAUGCCUCUGCACCUGAUCCCAGACCAGGGCUCGACUGAGAUCAUGAAGAAGCAUGAGAUCUCCUCUCAGUGGGACACCGUUUACAUCUAUAAUUUAGCGUGGGAGGUUUCCCGACAUAUUCUCCAGGAAAAACCCCUGUCUCUGGAACACCCUCUGGUGAUGAAGCUGUAUCAGAAACUAGAAGAACAAAUGUGGGAAUGGAAUGUGAAGGAGAGUCCAAAAAAAUAG